CGGAACGAAAACAAGACCACACUGGUAGCGUCACUUCCGGUCUAGGAUUAUCGCGUGCGAUAAAAUGGCAACGCCGAGCGGUAGCACAUCCAAGCGUUUAGUCCAAUAUGUUAUCGUGCGCGCAGACCUGAUACACACUUUAUCGUGGCCUUUAGGUGCCGUUAUAACUCAAGCUUGUCACGCGGCCACUGCAGCCAUUCAUUUAAACUACAAUGACCCCGACACUCAGGAAUAUUUGGGAGAACUGGAUAGCAUGCACAAAGUGGUGCUGCAGGCACCAGACGAGGCGUCCCUCACCACCCUUUCAAAUACUCUGAGCGAGAAAGCGAUAUCGCAUAAACUAUGGAUGGAGCAGCCCGAGAAUAUUCCUACGUGUUUGGCUUUGAAGCCCUACCCUAAAGACACUGUGCACCCCUUACUGAAAAAGUUUAAACUUUUUAAGUGAUAAAGCUAAGCUUAAAAAUAAAGACUUAGACUUGCCCCCAUAAUGGCACGUUGCAAAAAUAA